AGCAUUAAUGGGCAUCACUGUCUCGUUUCGCAAAUAUUAACAUUUGUAAACAAAGACGAUACUAACUUUUCUAAUUUUCUUAACUUUGUCAAAUUAUAAAAAAAAACAAAAAAAAAAUGAAUUCGACUGCAUCAGCAUUUUCAAGUCCAGAAGGUGUUAGUUUGGAGAAACAAGUGGAAAUUGAUGAAACAAUUCCAGCAAGUUACGAGCAAAUUUGGAGUGAAGAGCAACGUGAAAAAUGCAUAAGGUGGAUACGUUCUAAUAGUUUGAGAAGGGUUUGUUUACAAUUCCCUGACGACUACCUUUGUCACAGUGAAGCCAUCGCUACAAGUUUGCGGGAUGAAUUAACUAACGAUAAAGAGCUCGAUAAUGAAGUAAAGAUUUUUAUAUUGGCAGACACGUCCUACGGCAGUUGCUGUGUAGAUGAGAUAGCUGCUGCUCAUGUGGAUGCCGAUGGCAUUUUACAUUUCGGUUAUGCUUGUCGAAGCAAUUCUUCUUCUUCUUUGCCCGUAUUUUAUUGUUUUCCACAAUUGUCCAUCGAUUGUCUAAAGUUUUCUGAACAUCUUUUAAACUUUAAGCAGGAUUUCGAAGGUGAAACAGUUAUUAUUUACUUAGAUAUUGGAUAUCAUCAUGUUCUUGAAGCUGAAUCUGCCGUCGUUCUCGAAGAAAAAGAAGAAUCUCUGUUAAAAAUGACAAAAUUCGACAAUGAUGAGACCAAGAAAACUUUCUUAAGUGACUUGAAAAGAUUGCAGUGUAAAGGAUUAUAUGUUAUCGAAUAUGGCGGCACUAAUUACGGUACUUUAUCACACAAUGGUCAAAUUAUCAGAAAGUGCGGAGAUUUUCAUAAAGAAAUCGAUGAAUUGGAUGAAUCGUGUGUUUGCGUAUUCGUGGGCAGGGAUAAUAUUAGAUUCUUUAAUUUAUCACUUAGCACGAAAGCAGCAAAAUGGUUCAUAUACGAAUCAUUUUUAAACAAUUUUCAGGAGAAAAAUCCUUUAAAAGCUAACUAUAUACGUCGCCGUUACUAUUACAUAGAAAAGUGUAAAGAUGCCCAAACUUUAGGUUUGAUAGUCGCCACGCUUAAUGCAAAUGGUUGCCUGGACAUGGUAAAACGUAUACAGGGUAUGGCGAAAAGUCGGGGAAUAAAAACUCAAAUUAUUUCGGUGGGUCGCAUCAAUCCCGCUAAGUUGGCAAAUUUCUUAGAAAUUGAUUGCUUUGUGCUAAUCGGCUGCCCUUUUAAUAACAACUUUGACUCGAAAGAGUUCUACAGACCUAUUGUGUCAGUUUUUGAAGCUGAGAUGGCUUUAAAUCCCUCAUGGCAUUCGCAUUACCCUGAAGUAUAUGUAACAGAUUUCAAGGAACUCUUACCUGAAGGCCGUUCCUUUGUCGAAUUCGAGGUGACCGAUCUUAAUAAAACCAAUGAUGUAAGCUUAAUCGAUGGACAUUUACGAGUAUGUGGGCACGUAAGCAAUGUUAAUAAUGAACCCGAUAUAUCUGCAUUAAAAGAACAAAACUAUGACGUAACCAAAGCACCCCGUAUGGAGAUUAUGUCUUCAAAUAUUGGCCUAAGGUUUGAGGAUCGCACUUGGCUUGGUUUAGAACCCGCUUUGGGUCGCACUGAACCAGCAGUAAUUGAAAAGGGCUUAAAUGGUAUUCCAAUACGAUAUACGCAUGAAUAAGCUAACCAUUUAUGUAAUUACUAUUCAUUAUCAAAAAACAAAACAAACAAAAGGGUGUAUGUAAUACUACAUACACAUUGAAAAACGCUGUACAUUUUUCAUUACGAGCAUUU